AUGUUUGGCCAACAAGAAGACAGCGAUCCUACGUCCGCCGAUAUCGGGAAAUUUAUUCCCAAUGCCGAGUUGGAAGAAUGGUUCAGCAAGAUGCAAUCAAAAUAUCCGCAAAUUUUUCUCAAGGAUGACAAGGUGUUCGGAGAAGACGGGGCUCAGCAUGGUCAGGGCCAGAAACUGAUGACCUACUUUGACAACGAUCCGUCCAAACCAAUGAAAUGUGAAGUUGUUGGAUCUCGCUGGUUUCGGGAGUUUGGUGAUGUCACUCCGAUGUAUGUCAUCAAAAUGGGCAACGAAUUGUCGCAAAUCGCUUUCACUAGCGCUCACGAAGAGGGGGGGUGGAAGAAAGGUUGGAACGUUGCUCCUACCCCUUGA